CCGUGCAGCGCACGGGCACUACACUAGUUUAGAAACAAAAAGAGCGUGUCUGGUCCUUUGAGCUUAAUUAUCUUCUUUGCCCUUCUUUUAUCGCCGAUAUUUCAUCGUCCCCUUCGAUUUAGGGUUCUGAGUUUGACUUCUCUUACCAUCACUCACUCCCCUCACUCCCCACAUGAUACUUCUUCUUCCCUGUAAGCUCCCCCACUUUCACUGCAACUUUCCUAAUUCGAUUUCUCAGUUUCCAUUUCUUAGAUAUGAUUUUGGAUUUCAUUUCAUUCAUUAAUUAACUGAUUCAUGGUUUUGUACUGUGUUAUAUAUAAUUAGGUGCUGUUUUGUUGUGAUCCUGUUUUGCCUUGACAAGUUUAGAAAUUCAAUUUUCUAUAUGGGUUUACAAAUUUUGUAUAAAGGUUAUCUUUUUAUGGAAGAUUUUGGAGCUCCCGGAUAUGAUGAAUUUUUUAGGUUGUAAAUGUUUGAAAUUUAUGUGUGAAUUGUGUUGGAGAUGAGCUAUGUGACUUUGUUUUUGGUAAGAGUUUUUAUCUUGCAUCACUGUUUUAAUUCGAGCUGAUUAGCCCUCUUUGUUCAUGAGGUGGAAUUGUUACUUAAUUGAGGUUUUGUGCACUUCUGCAUCCGAAUUUGUGUCCUGGUUAGAAUACAUUGUGGUGAAACAAUUUUGUGUGGGUGGGACAUAAAAUGUAUGCAUUUGAUACUAAAUUUGCAUGCAUUUAUGCUUUCUCAUGCUUACUUCUAUUGCUUUUGUUUCCUAUAAUCUGCAUCAGAAAAUUAAACAUGCUGGACUUUGACCCUAAUAGCUGUGAGAAAAAGUUUGGCUUUUUUGCGGUUCACUUGUUUGUAGUCUUGUAUGCAUCUGUGUAGGUUCGAGAGCUUUUUAUGAUGGUGGAAAGACUAUUGAUGAAAGAUUGGAUUUUUGACUUCCAGUGUAAUGCAUUUGUAUUGGUUUAUUGGCUGUUAGUCUUUUUCAUCGGUUCAUUAAUAUGGAUUUUUAAUGUUUCUUUUAUCUGAACAUCGAUUUCAUGAUUUAAAGGAUACCCAAUUGAUUAUACCGUAGCGACCGUGUUGUUUCUCAUUUUCAUAAUUUCCCAUUUUUGUUUCGUUCCCUCAUGGUUGCACAAGCUGCUUAUUUUUGGUUGGUUGGUCUCUGUGUUAUUUUUGCACCGGAUAUAGUACUGAUCUGCAAAUAUAUAUUUUGACGCAGGGAACUUGGGGAAGAUGGGGUCAAGGUUAUGAACCUUUUUAUACAUUGAUGGUAUCAUCCACCAGUAUUGUUCAGAUUUAUUGCACUUUUUAUAAGCUAAGAGUUUUGCAUCCUGGAGCACUAGAUCCUCAAACUUGCAAAAUUUCAAAUCUAUUUGUGUAAUGUACUACAGGAGUUGACGAGUGGUUUCAUCCGUGCCUGAGUCCAUGUUGCAUCUAUAAUAUUGGUCAGAAAGUUCAGUUAUAUCAACCACUGGUUCAGUUGUUGGUCUCAGAUGGAUGAUAGUGCGCAUCGUGAGAACGGACGUCACAAAGUACCUCAGGGUCAGUGGUUGAUGCCGCAGCAUCAGCCAUCAAUGAAGCAGAUAAUGGCCAUUAUGGCUGAAAGAGAUGCUGCUAUCCAAGAGAGAAAUUUGGCUCUUUCAGAGAAGAAGUCUGCCUUGGCAGAGCGUGACAUGGCUAUUAUGCAGAGGGAUUCAGCAAUUGCUGAAAGAAAUAACGCAAUUUUGGAGCGGGAUAAUGCCAUUGCUACCCUACAAUAUAGAGAAAAUUCGAUGAACAAUGGAAGUAUGUCACCAUGCCCACCAGGGUGCCAAAUUGCACGUGGUGUGAAGCACAUGCACCAUCCUCAGCAGCACAUCCACCAUCAGCCCCAUAUGAGUGAAACUCCAUAUGGAACUAAGGAUAUACCCAUUAAUGAUGCCAUUCCAAUGACUGCUCUGGAGCCUGCAAAGUCUAGGAAGGCAAAACGAUCCAAGGAUCCAAAGGAUGUAACAUCACCUAAGAAGGCGUCAAAGUCAUCAAAGAAGGUUAAAAAGGAUGGUGAAGACCUGAGCAAAACCAUGUUUGGUAAGUCGCACGAUUGGAAGCCUGGGCAGGAAAUGGGUCUUUGCAGUGAUGACCUUAACCGUCAGCUAGUUGUCCCAAAGCCUGAUUGGAAAGAUCAGGAUCUAGGUUUGAACCAGGUUGCUUUUGAUGAUACCACAAUGCCAGUGCCAGUUUGCUCAUGCACUGGAGUUUUGAGACCAUGUUACAAGUGGGGCAACGGGGGCUGGCAGUCAUCAUGCUGCACAACCAAUUUGUCUAUGUAUCCACUGCCUGCAGUCCCUAAUAAGCGUCAUGCAAGAAUUGGUGGUCGGAAAAUGAGUGGAAGUGCAUUUAAUAAACUGCUUAGUCGUCUGGCAGCAGAGGGCCACGAUCUUUCAAAUCCAGUUGACCUUAAGGAGCAUUGGGCAAAACAUGGAACUAACCGGUACAUUACCAUCAAAUAAAUGUAUUUCUUAAGCUGUUGGGAGAGAAUGUUGUCUUCUUAACAACAUUCAGUGACCGGGUACAUGUCUAUGAUUCCAUCUCUUGUGAACAAGUGUGUCUCAUAUACUCAGCAAGGAAUUAUAGAUGUUCCGGCAUUAUAUCUUCAGUUUGCUUGGAGCACUUCAAUCGUCCGUCCCCCCAUUAUAACUGCUUACCUUAAGCUUCCUUUUCCUGGUCCCAUUGGUGAGAGUUCAGAUGUGUUCUCCAAUCCCUGUCUCAUUUUAGUUCCCAUUUGGUAGUCUAGAUCCAGAGAAAGAUCAAGGGGCUAUUAAAAUUAUAUUUGUGAAGAUGUGCAUGAGUUGAAAAGCCUGGUGAUUGUUUUUAGAGAGAAUUGUAAAGAAAGGCUGUAGCCUUGUAUGUCAUCAUCAGUUGUCGUUGUACCUGUAAUAUGAAGUGCCAAUUCUAUGAUGAUAUUAUUGUUCAUUGAAAAUUACCGUAAAGCUUCCUAGAAGUUAUGGGGCAAUGUAAAGCUUGUAGAUGGAAUAAGUUUUUGAUAGCCAGAAAUGCAUGAUGAGAUUCUAUUUGUACAGGUCACAAAAAGUUUAGUUGUAUUCCCUCCGACCUCCGUCCCACAAUCAGGGUCAGGUUUGCUGAGGAGGGAGUACAAAGUUUUCAGACAAUUAAAAUUUUGCAAGUCGUUUUCGAAGACUUUCAGGGAUAAUGUUUCACACUUUCGUUUGGUAUAGUUUUUCCAGCUAAAAGCUUCAGAGUUUGGACUUUUUAACAUUUGGUCAUCCCGGAGGAUUCAGCUUCAGAUCAAGACAGGUAAAGUGCAUCAUUUACAUUGCUGGAGACAAUGUUACCUCGUGCUGCAUGUGUUUAUGACUAUUAUGUUGUAUAUUUAACAAGAAUUGCGCCAACAUGAAAGUCAUCAUAUUGGAAUACAACUCUACAUUGUUUUUCAAACUUCAUUGACAAAUGGAUUGGAAAAGCUCAUGUUAGAAGUACUACUAUUUUAAACAUUUUAAACUUCUAUAUUGAUUAGAUAAAACGAGAUUAGCCA